AAACGCGCGCCCUCCCACUUCAACUCCACCUCCUCCACCCUCCUUCUCCAGGCCCUGUUCCGACAACAAACAAAACAGUAAAACAAACCGCAACGAAUCGGCGGCGGGGGUGCGCCGAAUGCCGGUGGUGCCCGCGCCGCCUCUCCCCUCUCCCCGCCGCGCCCCACCGAUUCGAAGCGGAAUAGAACAACUCCACCACUGCCACCGCGCGCCCACUUGACAAAUUUCCUAUCCGAUUCGAAUCGGCGCGGAGCUCGUGCUCGCCCCCGCGCCGCGCGCGCGCACUGGUCCAAACCCAACCCUAGCCCCCCACCAUCCCCACCACCAGAUCCGGAGAUCCCGCGCGGACCCGGAGGCGAAUCGGCGCCCACAAUGGCGGGCCUAGUCGCGCCGCCCUGAUCCCCCGAUCCGGCUCGCCGCUUGCUCCCCCCCCGCGCCGCCGAUGGACUCCGCCCGGAGCUGGCUGCAGAAGCUGCAGAAGGACAAGGCCAGGCCGGGCGCGUCGCCCCUCGGCGCCGGGAUGGCAGGGGACGACGAGGACGAGCCGGUGCUCUCCAGCGCCACCAAGCAGAAGGUGGAGGCCGCCAAGCAGUGCAUCGAGAACCACUACAAGGCGCAGAUGAGGUCGCUCCAGGAGCGCAAGGAGAGACGUUGGAUGCUGGAGAAGAAGCUUGCUGAUGCUGAUGUAUCUGAAGAGGAGCAAAACAAUAUCCUGAAGGAUUUAGAAAAAAAGGAGACAGAAUACAUGCGCCUAAGGAGGCACAAAAUGGGUGUUGAUGAUUUUGAAUUGCUGACCAUUAUUGGGAGAGGUGCUUUUGGGGAGGUGAGACUUUGUAGAGAAAAAGCUACGUCCAAUGUGUAUGCAAUGAAAAAGCUCAAGAAGUCUGAAAUGUUACGAAGAGGCCAGGUUGAGCAUGUGAGAGCUGAAAGGAACCUCCUUGCAGAAGUUGAUAGUGCUUAUAUAGUUAAGCUCUACUGCUCAUUCCAAGAUGAUGAGUUUCUGUACCUCGUUAUGGAGUACCUUCCUGGUGGUGACAUGAUGACUCUGCUCAUGCGCAAGGAUACACUUACAGAGGACGAGUCUUCGUUUUAUGUUGCAGAGACAAUACUGGCAAUUGAAUCCAUUCACAAGCAUAACUAUAUUCAUAGGGAUAUUAAGCCUGACAAUUUAUUGUUAGAUCGAACUGGCCAUCUGAAGCUUUCAGAUUUCGGCCUAUGCAAGCCUCUAGAUAGUAGCAGCUUUCCAAAUCUCACUGAACUUGACAACGCAGCGGGAAAUAUCACCAAUACAUCAGCAGAUGGUGAUAAGCCAUUAAGUAGCACUGCUGUUCCCAGGCGAACACAGCAGGAACAACUAUUGCAUUGGCAGAAGAAUCGCCGGAUGUUGGCUUAUUCAACUGUUGGUACACCUGAUUACAUUGCCCCGGAAGUCCUAUUGAAGAAAGGAUAUGGAAUGGAAUGUGACUGGUGGUCACUUGGGGCCAUUAUGUAUGAGAUGCUUGUGGGUUACCCACCAUUUUAUUCUGAAGACCCAAUGUCAACAUGUAGGAAGAUAGUAAAUUGGAGAAGCCAUCUUAAAUUUCCUGAAGAGGCCAGACUUUCGCCAGAAGCUAAAGAUCUAAUUAAUAAGCUAUUAUGUAAUGUGGAUCAGAGACUUGGGAUGAAAGGAGCACAUGAGAUAAAGGCUCAUCCAUGGUUUAGAAGCGUUGAAUGGGAAAAGCUAUAUCAGAUGGAAGCAGCUUUCAUACCUGAAGUUAUUGAUGAGUUGGACACACAAAACUUCGAGAAUUUUGAGGAGGCUGCGCCUACAAUGCAAACUUCAUCAAAGGCAGGUCCUUGGAGAAAGAUGCUUUCCUCCAAGGACAUGAAUUUUGUGGGUUAUACUUACAAGAACUUCGAAAUAGUUAACGAUCCUGAACUUCCAGGAAUAGCUGAAUUAAAGAAGAAGAACAACAAACCAAAACGACCAACCAUCAAAUCAUUAUUUGGUAAAAUUUUCAGAGUCCUUUCUCUCUUAAGGUAUUGGGUUCGUUUCUUUCGCUGGAACAUGUCAUGGCUGAGGAGCGUGGUGCUGCGCAGGUGCAAGAGCCUGUCGCGGGCGAGGAGCAGGCGGUCGUCGCCCAGCUCCUACAGCAACCUCCGCUCCAUGUCGGCUAGGGACGACGUCGCCGGAGAAGAUAGCCAGGCCGCGGCCGAGGGGCCGUCGGCGGUGGUGUUCGUGGGCAGCUCGCGGCGGCGGUACGUCAUCAGCGCCAGGCACCUCCGCCACCCGCUGAUCGCCGCGCUCAUCGACGGCGACGCCGGCGAUGGCGACGUGAGGAAUAGCAAGGAGCCGGUGGCCGUGAGGUGCGAGGUCGUGCUGUUCGACCACCUGCUGUGGAUGCUCGACAACGCCGUCGACCUGCGCGCCGGCGCCGGCGGCGAGGAAGACGCCGUCAGGGAGCUGGCCCAGCUCUACGCCACGUGCUAACCCAGUUGCAGGUGAUCGACUCGUCGGUUGAUAUAUAGUACGAUCAACGAUGCUGCAUGAACCAUGCGUGCUGGUAAUAGUCCUCUCCGGAUUUGAUUGAUUCUUUUUGUGUGUUCUUGCGCGAGAUCUAAGAUUCUCGGGCGCCAAUGGGAAGAUAUAUACUUUGGGUUCGUUCGUGUAGGCAGAGCAGCUUGAUAGCUAAUAAUGGUUUUGUAUUUGUUCUAGCUAAUGGUUUUGUAUUUUGUCAAAUGAUGGGAAAAAGGAAGGAGUAAUCAAAAAAGACUAGAACUACUUCUAGCCAAUCACCGUACAACUUGUAUUGUUGAGAUGCGUAUUUUUUGCAUUUAAUUUUGUGUCGUGGCGAUCUAAAGCGUAUGUAAAGAGGUCGUGCUGUCUAAAGUAAAUUAUGUAUACUUCCAUUCCAUUUCUUCUCUUA